AGGUUCACUGAGUAGAUGUGUAUGUUAUUUUCCUUACGUUAUUUAAUUAAAAACAGUGUUAAUGGCAGCGGGACGAAUUUAUUUUAUGGCGUAUGUUAAUAUUAUUUAAAUCUGUAUUUAAACUGUAAUGCAGAGUCAAUGUACCAGAUUGCUGAACCAAUUAAUUUUGAGUGCUGUUGCAGGUUUUUGCACAAGUCUCAAAACUCAUGAAAUCAUUGCGAAACAAUGAAUGUUUUUUAGAGUGCCUAAAUACUGAGAACGGCGUCUUCCCCGAACGCAAGGUGUUAAGCUUGGAAUUUUUUUUAAUUUGUGAGAUGGUUUGUUCCUAUUGGAUUAUUGAAAGGGAAACGUAAAUUUUUCUCUUGAAAACACUUAUAGAGGAUCCAGGUUACAGUUUUUAUUCGUUUGUUUAUGCUAGACACGUUUGUGGUUUCCUUUUUGAUGACGUUUUAAAUAAAAUAUGUUCUUUUUAGUGUGCAGCUACAGAAAAACUAAUUUUUCACUGGGUUUUGUGAUUGGUUUUGGUAUUGCAAUUUGGCAUUGGUCUAGAAACGACGUUUCAGAAACUACUUGCAGUAAAUAUAAGUCAUCUAAAUAUUCCUAUAGGGAAUGGGCCGUGAGAGCUGGAAUUAAAACUUUCCCUCUUGACUAUGAUGAACUGAGCUAUGGAAACAUGGAUGAUGGCAUGUUGACAGAAGCAGCAUUUCUGAAGCAUCAUGUGUAUGUUUUGUGUGUAGUACAUGUAAAGAAACUUAAAAAUGCUGUAGCUAUUAAAAACACAUGGGGGAAACAUUGCAAUGCUCUUGAAUUUUUCAGUUUGUUUAGCAAUGAUGAUCUCCCGAUUGUUCAGCUGCGCCCGAAAUCGUCGUGGCAUUUUUUAUGCGAUUCAAUCCGGUAUGUGUGGAAGAAACACAAACAUAAACUACACUGGGUUGCUUUUAUUCCAGAUGAUUUAUUUGUUUUGCCAGAAAAUAUUCGCUUCUAUGUAACUCCAUUCAAUUACAGUAAACCUUUCUAUUUUGGUCAUACAUUGUUGUUUUGGAAUCAGCUGUAUAAUGUUGCACAGGCUGGUUAUAUUCUAAGUAAAGGUGCUUUGUCCCUUUUAACCACAAAGUUUAAUUCAACAGAAGCAUGUCGUGAUGGUGGAAAGUAUUGGAAAAAUGAAGACUUUUACUUAGGGAAGCGCCUGAGCGAGCUGGGGGUGGUGCCCCGGGACACGCGGGACGCCCUCGGCCGCGGCCGCUUCCACGGCUACAACCUCAACCAGCUGCUCUUCUCGGGCCGCAUGGCGUCCCUCAGCGACUACUACAAGAAGAGCGUGUACCCCGUGCCUCAGGGUCCCGAGUGCUGCAGCCGGCACUCUGCCACCUUCCACAGCAGCGGCGCCGACAAGAUCCACCUGUACGACUACCUGCUGUACCGCCUGAAGGUGUUCGCGCGGGGCGGUCGCCGUGGCAACCGGCCCGCGCCCACCCCGGUCCCGGAGGAGGAGGUGUGGAGGCAGUUCCUGAGGGAGCAGGGCGUGGGGGACGCUGACGUGUCCGCCCAGCAGUUCUACGAGCUGUGGAAGAGCGAGAUAUCGUCGCCCGACGCCUUCAACGAGAAGCUGCGGCGCGAGCACCUGGGCUCGGCCCCGAGCGGCAGCGGGCCAGGGGCCGCCCCUCGGGACGACGCCCCCUCCGACGGCACGGCGUAGCUGCGUCCGGCCCGUGUGAGUGCCGGCGACGUGUGUGUGCGGACAGCAUACUGUCCUUUUGUUAGUGGGCAUGACGGAUAUUUUUAUUUUUAGGAUAUCUUGAUAAUUUCGGGGGGUGAUAUAACCUCCCCUCCAUCUCAAACACCCUCCUCCCCCUAUUCCCCCCCCCACCCUCAUCCCUACAUAUGACCCUGCCCUGGUGGUAAAAGAUUUCCUGCCCCCAACAUUGAACGGUUUGAUUGCCAAUCAAAGGGUGUCUUGGGGGGGGCGCACGGCUGGUGCGUUGAUGAGGUUAGAAAAAUUUUAUAGCACUUUGUGUGUCUGAGUUUCAAAACAGUAAGUUGUUGAUGUUUCAUUACUAGCACAGUUUAACAUGUUCUGUGUCAAAUUAGUACAUAACUAGAGACAAGAUUUUAUUAUUUUUAUUUUUAAUUUUUAGGCCAAAUACAUUUUUAAAACAGGAUAUUUAAUUAUAUUUUUUAUGAAUUCUAUUUAUUCAUAAAGGUAGCAUAUAAUUCAUGAUACUUAUUUCACCAAAACAUGGUAAUUUUGACUGAUAAAUUAUGCAUUUUCUAAAUAUAAUAAUUUGUAAUAAGCAUGUCUAACUACUCAGAACAAUAAAAUUAAACGGGCAAGUAUUUGUGUGCUAGUUAAAUGUAUGAAUGGGUUAAUGUGAAAUGAGUUACUAAUAACAGUUUUAAGAUUAAAACAAAAGUUAAAAACUUUUUCAAUCUGUUUAUAAUAUACAUUUUGGUACAAACUUAAUGCUGAAUAAAUUAGUACAUUCAUUGAAUUUAAUACAAUGAAAGAUUAUCUUUUAUGUAAUUUGAGUUAAAAAUGCUGAUUAAUUUCAUAAUUAUUGUUGCAUUUCGGAGCUUUGGGGUGUGUUAAUUUACAUUUCGAAGUUACCUACAUGGUGUAUUGACAUGCUUUUCAUUGUUAUUUGGGUUUAUCACAAUUCACAAUAUAAACCUGUCCCGAUACAUAACAUUAAGUAAUUUAUGCAAAAACGUAUCAGUUGGAAUACCAUUUGUCAAAACAGAUGUGCGUGGCAUUGUUUACAACAAGAAAAUUUGACAGUUGUAAGUCAAUGGUGGCAUGGUUCGCGGAAGACAAUAAUAGGUCUAUAAGCUUCGUGAGGUUCUGCCUUGACUGCAUUUGGAUUUGUCCCUUGCUUGAAGAGAGUGGAUUUUUCCUCCGGGAAUGCGAUCUCACCGGGGCAGCUUAUGACUUCAGCGUCGGAACUAGUGGCACGAAUUGCAAUUUAGAAACCUGUACCAGUGUCCAAGUCUUGUUGCUAAGUACUUGGAAUCUCUAGCUUUAAAUAGUAGAUUAGUAUGAGAUUUAGAGUGAGAUUUUUAUCAAGGUAGAUAAUCAACUUUAUUUGUAAAUUGCUAAAUGAUCAUUUCCUGCUGCUUAAUAUUUUUAAAUGUUGAUCAAAAAUUAAUUCUAAUAUUAACACUACAGGGGUUUCUCAGAAUAUUGGUAUGAAUCUCUGGAGAUCUUUUGUUAUAAUCAUAAUUAUUAUAAAACCAAAAAAAUUGCAAAUGUUGAUUGUAGGAAAUUAAGAAGCAAAAAAAAAUUACGUGAUAUUUUGGUUAGUAUGAGAAAUACAUACUAGCAAUAGUUUAUAUAGAGCCAAAAUAGACAGGUUGUAGUUUGCAAUUGCCAUCAAGUGGUGUUCAAAUCAACCCAAACCCUGUUAAAGGUUUUCACAAACAUUUUUUUUUAUAAAUAUUACAACUACAAGGGCUGAGUUCAUGUCCGUUAACAGAAUCAAUAAUAGUAUGAGGAUAAUCAACAAUUGUUUAUAUUAAUAUGAAUUCAGCUUUGUAAAAAUUUUUAGUUUUAAUUAUAGACCUGGUAUUUAGUAUUAAAGUAUUUGUUUUGCAUUAUUUGUGCAGGUACUUGUAUUGGCCAAAAAAAAUACUUCUUUUCUUUAUGUUUGACAUUUAGCACCAAUGAACAGCAGCCAUAUCUCUCAUCCAUGUUGACCCUGCCUCAGAUGGUCAUCAUCUGGCUUUUUCACUAUUGCAUAAAAAAUCGUAAUGCAUAAUAGAAAAUGGCUGAUGUGUUUCUGUGAAAUUUUCUCCCACUUUAAUUUAAUUUUUUACCUCAAUUUCACAUCGUUUACUACUAGAAGUAUAUUUGAAGGUGGUGAUUCUUAAUUUUGUUCAACGAAUUUCACUGCAAUUUGGGAAAGGGAGAGAGAUUUUUUGGCCGUUUAUUUUACAAAUUGUUCCUUUGCUGCAGUCCUUAAAUAAAUUCCUACUUUUUUUUUUUUAAGCCUUCACCAGCUAUUUACAAAUUUUUUUUUCCAGUAAUCAAAGUUCUGACAGUUGGGGUUUUUGCUGUAGUUUGACACAUUUGUUGAUCAAUGCUAUUCUUAAAAUGUAGUUUCUCAUUGGGUGUAUAAUUUCAUGAUGGUUAAUUGAACCUGCUCAUUAUGAAUAUGUAGAGAUGGUGAUUUAUAGCAUUUAAAAUAAUGACAUUUAGCAUUUUGAAUUUGAAAUUUAGCAUUUUGUAGCAUUUCAAAAACACAAUUUAGCCAAUUCUCUUAUUUUACAUUACUGAAGAAAAGUAUAUUUUUAAAAAAGAAACCGUUGCUUGCCGUUUUACCGACUUUUUUUCUUCAACCAACUUUUCGGUGAAUCUUUUUUUUUUUUUUGCAGUCUGAUGUCCCUCAGAUUUAAUGUGCUUUUCAAGUAAAUCUUUUUUUUUCCAUUCCAGAUGGCGAUUACAUAAAUUGCGCAUUAAAAUAUUUGUAUCACUUUCCUAUAACUGUUCACUUUUUUAUUCAUUUAUGCAAUUGCGAAUGGAAAUGGCGUUUCAUCCCAUUUUUACCACGAGAAAUAACAGUAUACAACACAUUCACGAGUAUGCACAUAUUUGUAAACACACCACCUUCCACAGACUACACAAGAACGCUGCUUUCACGUGAAACACAGCCAGAAAAUGGGACUUACAAUUGUUGGCGCAAUGAAGCAGAGAUGUCGCAAUAUGGUGGCCUAAAAACUUGUACUCUGCAAGAUGACGGACAAUCUUCCAGCUAGUUGUUCUUUGCUUUGUUUACAAUCGCGAGGCACGGAUGGCCAUUCUACAUUCAAUAUUUACGAACAAUAGUAGUUGUGAAUGACGUGACAAUAAGAUACUUGUGCUGAAUACGCCAUAAAAUGAUGGUUUCUUUUGAUACUGAACUGAAACAAAAUACAAUCGGUAAAUAAAUUGUGUAGAGUGAAGACGAAUCUACGUUUUUUUACCUUGAUUUUGCAUUUAUCUCGGAAUAGUCUAGAUUUAGCAUUUUAUAGUGAAAAAAAUAUAAUUUAGCAUAUUUUAGCAUCUAUUUAGCAAAAACUAAAAAUCACCAUCCCUAUGAAUAUGGCAUUAUAUUGUCAUUGGUGUUUCUUAAUGAAUGCGGGCUCAUUUUUUUUUUUAGAAAACUGAUGUCAUAUCCUAGAAACAUUAUACAAAUUUACCAACUACAACAUUCCAUUUUUAUGAUAACAAUGCAUGUUAUUUUUUUAGAGUACAAACCAUUAUAAUGCCUGAUCAAAGCAUGUAUGUAACUAUCUCAAAGUUUAUUUUUGCUAUACUUAGGUUUUUUGUUAAUUGUAACGUAUCUGGAAAUGCUCACGAAUGUUCAAGCAUGUGCUUGAAUUGGUUGUAUUUUAUUAUUAUGAUAAGGUAAGCUUAUUGAAAGUUCUUGAAUGUAUAGUUUUUAGUACCACAAUAAUGUACUGGAACAAAUUAAUGAGAAACUCAUUGAAACUGUACUUAUUUUGAGUGCAAGUACUAAUGUCUUUAUUUCAGUCAAAAGUUCAUCAUAGUACAUGUAGUGCACAUUGAACGUCUUGCGGAUUGAGCUCAGUAGGGAGAUGGUAAAGUGUUAUUCAAAACGGACGGGCAGAGGCAAAUAGUAUGCGAGUCUUACUGAACCAAGUAGCUCCAACUUGGCAUGGCCCAGUUACGCAUUGACUCUUCUAAAAACAUCAACUUUCGAAUAAUGCUUUUGCAUCAGUCUACGUGGAAACAUGUAGUUUGAACGGCAAUAGCAUUCGAAGAACAAUUCUGCUCCCAGUGAUAUUUCCCAAUCCUCCUUGGCUGCACCCCAUCAUGCUCCUCGUCUGCCGUGCUAUCAGCUCACAAGACUUCCGGUGGGCACUAUGUGAUACUACCAUUCGCAUCUUGCAUGUAGUAUAUCGAGCUCUGAUUACAGAUUUAACAUGUUUACAGAUUUAAUCAAUUGAAUUGAACACAAAUUACAAUGUUAAGCCUUUUUUUUAAUGUAGUUGAAUUAGAAUAUUCUAGAAAAAUAUUGUAGGGAUUUUAAAAAUUAUUAUUAUUAUAGUUUUUCUAAAAAAAAAAUAAGGGGGGGGGAAGUACAUUUUCCUACAUUUACAUCAUUAUAUAUUGUGGCGAGAAACAUUUUUGACUGAAUAUACAUUGUCAAUAAUUUGAGAUUUAAUUUAGGUAUUUCGACUUUUAAUAACAGUAUUAUAUCUUUUAUAGAUUAUACUACUUUUUUCUGAUUUUUUUUAACUUAAAAUGUUCACUUCUUGACUUAAAAAAAAUAUUUUUUAUUUGUAUAGUGCUAUUAUGUGUGUACAUAUUGUGUUCUGUUUUAUUUGUAAACAUACAACUCUAUAAGAGUUAGUUUUUAAACAAGGAAAUGUGUAUGCCUUAAAAGCAAAGAGUAAAUCUCUACACUUAUUGCAAUUUGUCUACCUUAGAAUUAUGUUUGCAUUUUAAACAAGUAUAAGAAUAAAGAUAGCAUAUCUGGCUAAAGCAUGCUGUAAGAUGUUGAUGUUUAACAAACAGCAUUUUUUUGAUCCGUAUGUGCAGUUGUAAUGUGCUAAGCAUAAGCUAACAACAACAAUUUAUGUCGGUCAAAAUCAUUUUAAAUACCUACGUAUUUUUUUAGGAACUAUUUUUAUGCUUUGAGAGGAACUAAGAAAAAGGAGGGAGGAAAAAUAUUUAAAAAAAAAUAAAAUCAAAUAGGAAGAGGAAAAGAGAAAAUGUAGAGAAAUAAAUUCAAGAGAUGGAGAUAUUAUUAGGAUACUAAGGGAUAAAAAAUACGGUACGGUAAAGGAAUGAGAGAAAAUAGUAAAAGGGUAGAAGAGAAAAUGAUUAAAGCAAGACAAAGAAAUAAGUUAAAGGUGAAAAAAAGAAAAUAACUAAUAAUAUGAAUUAGGCAGGAAGAGUAAAUAAAGACUGAGAAUAAAAUAAAUAACAUAUGAAGAUGAAAAUAAAAUAAAAAUAUUUUUUUUUGAAAGUAAAAAAAAAGAAUGACAAGUAAUGGAGUAUAGAUAAACAAAGAGUAAAAUCCAGGUUAAAAAAAAAUUAGCGGGUAAAGGUUAAUUAGAGACGAAUUGUACACUCAAGGGCUGUUCAAUAUCAAAAAUUUUUAUAUUGAAACUAAAAUCAAAUAGCUUUUCAAUAAGCUUUGAUGCUGUAUUGAUGAUAUGUAUUAAUCCUGUAGACUAUAUCAAUGAAACAAUUAUUUAUAUGAAAAUGAUAAUAUUAAUGAAAAUGAUGUCAACAUCAUCAGUAGUAUUAAAACUUUAAAACCAUUGUCAUUAUUUUGAAAUAUUUUGAGUACGUAUCAGUUUAAUUGUAAUUUUUUAUUUUUAUAUUAAAAUAUUAUAAAUUAGUUAAUUUUUUGUUAGCUUUUAGUUAUUAGCCUAAACAUUAUAUAACAUUAGUUAAACAGAAUUGGAACUCAUAUUAUCCACAUCAUUUUAAUUAGCAAAAACUAAUAUUUAAUCAAUUGUAUUCACUUUGAUUCUUGUCAAAAGUUAACAAAUUACUGAAAUGUUGUAAGCCGGGAAAGGAUUGAAGGAGGCUUUAAUUAUACUGCAUACAAAUCAUGUAAACAAAUUAAAUUGGUGCCACAACUAAUAUCUAAGACAAUGAUAAUACUGAUUUUUUUUUCUCAAUAGAAUUGAUGGUUUCAAAUUUUGUAUUGGUUUUGAUAUUAUCAUUUUAUUCAAUAUUAUUUUCAUAGAUAUGAUUGUUUUCGUUGAUAUGGUUGGUGGGAUCAAUAUAUUGAAUGCAUCGAGAAGCUGUUGAAAUUGAAUAUUAGUUUGAAUAUUAUUAGUGUUUACUACUUGUCUCUUCAUUAUAAUGAAAGUGAAUAUUAUUAAAAAAAUGUAAUUUUACUAUAAAUUAUUAUUAAUGUAACAAAAUAUUGAACAGCUUUAAUACACACUUAAAUUUGGGCAUUUUUUUCUUUUGAAAUUGCACCAUGUAUAUUUUCAUUAUGUAUUCAGAAAUAUUUACGUAAACUAUUCCUUGAUGAAUAAGCCAUGGAUAAAUGAAUUGCUAGUUUAAAAAUUAUUUCAGGAAUCUGACUGUGGUCACAAAAAAACACUGCUUUGCUUCUUAGGUAGCUUAGGUACAUGAUAUAUUAUAUAUAUGUACUGCGAGAAUAACUUUUUUAAUGAACAUCUGUGGUAUUUAGUGGUUAUGCAAAGGUUGUGAUGUGAUUAAUAAUACAUAACUUGUACAUAGUAGGUACUCACAUGAGUGAGAUACUUAAUCUGCUUAAUUUAAUUUAGUUUUGGUAUGGUUUUUAUUUCUAUUUAAAUUGUCUACAUAUUUGUUUGGUGAUUUUCUAUUUAAUUUGCAUCACCAUAUUAUGGUAAACAAUAUUACUGGCUGGGCCAUCAAAAGAAACGGGAUCCCAGGGGGCAAAUAAAUUUGUCGGGCCCCCUCACUCUUAUUUAAUGUACAACUUAUCAAAUCCUCUAAUUAAAAAAAAAUUAUCUAAAAUCUGUAAAUGUUACUGUGGCCAUAACUGCAAACGUGAUCUGUGCAUAUUGCUAUAAUUAUAAGGUUUCUUGUAAAAAUUAUAUUAGUAAUAGACUUGUAAUUUGCAUCCUACCAGGGUAAACCGUAGCACAUUGAAAAAAAUCUCUAAUUUCAACCGGGGACCACUGGUGCAUGGGCUCCGGUAAUUUUGCCCCCCUCCCCCCCCUCCUACACCCCCCUCCCCCCACCAUGUUCACCCUCUUGACGGGCCUGGUCACCAGUUAUUUAUUAAAAUGUUGUUGAAGCAAUGCAUAUGAUCUGAAACUAAGAUUUUUAAUCUUCUUUAGAAUUGCACAUUGUAAGUGUGAUACUUUUGUGAAAUUUUUAUAUUACUUUAAUACAUUUUAAUACAUAUGUUAUAAAGGAAUGUAUGUAUUUCCUUUUGCAUUUUAUUUUCGGGAAAUUUUUCAAGCCCUUUUGUUCUGUUCACCAGGCAUGGCAAAUAAUCCUCACUGCAAGAGCUAUUUAAUAAUUGAAGUUUGAUAUUAUUGUUGAGGUUGCAUUGGAUAAAGAGGCAUUUUUUUUCCCUUGGAAACCGCCAGUGAUGAUGUGCAAACAUUCCUUGACUUUAUCCUCGUGAUAUUUUCAAUGUGGCUCGUACUGUUCAUCACAUUAAGAGAAUAAAAACUGUCGCAUUAUGCAUGAUUGAUAAGAAUAUAGAAACAAUAAUAGAAUCUGAAUGAUUUCACCGAAUUUUAUGGGGUUAGUUUUGUUAGCUAGAUGUUUUCAUUACGGAGACCUGAAUGUUUAGAAAUAAUUAAUACAGAAUAUAGAUGAUAAAAAAAUUGCAAAUUUUUUUUAUAAAAUAAGAGCUUGAACCAAAAAAUAAACAACUAUGAAACAAAUUAUUAAAAUCACAAAACAGUAACCUCUAUUGUAAUUUGUAACCAAAUCUUAAAACAAAAUAUAUAUUUUUAAAGCUAAUUUUAACUUAUUUAAACAUUACAUUAUGCAAUUAUUAAAGAAAAUCUUUUAAAUAAUUGAAACAAUAAAAAAAUGAAGUAAAAAAAA